AUCCGAAAAGCACCGCGUCAUGCGUGGUACUCGGCACGUAGUCCCGGCGACACUUGCAAAAUUCAUUAAAGAAAGUAAAUGACAAGGUGAAUCGAUAAGCAAUUUCUCUCAUGUUUUCGAUGUAAUCGCACGUGAAAUACCGGUUCCUCGACCAGUCGUUCGAAUUGGCUAAGUGAAUUGUCAACCACUUCACAUGACAAGACCAGGUCGCGCUUUACGGUCGUUCUUUAGCAAGCGGAAUAUAUUACGCGAAGGACACCAUCAUCCGAACGUCUUGCGAAAUGCAACCGUGCCCUCGUUUUGUCCCGUGCCAUCUGGUCUGCUUUCUCCGAGAAAAUGCUGUUUACGAGUUGGCUGGUGGCGUUCGCCAGUUUUCUGGCUUUGACGCAGUCCCAAUGUCUGACGGGGAACGACAGUCCAUCGAUGAUGAACCCAGAAGCCUUCCAGCUUUUGACUCAUGGUCGCUUCAGAUUCGCUGUUUCGGCCCUGGCGAAGAUGGCAGAGAUCGAGCAGAAUGAGAACGUCUUCUUCAGCCCGUACAGCUUGCACGAGGCUCUUACGCUCGCAUAUUUCGGGGCAUUGGGGAAAACGGAGAAAGCCCUCCAGCAAGCUCUCUUCAUCCCGGAACACUUGUCCAAAGUGGACGUCCAGAGGUUCUACGCAUUGGAGAACUCCUUGAAACGCCAACCAGAGGUUAACGAGUCCUCUACGUACGAACUAACCACCGCAACGAGAAUGUACGUGCAGAAGACGAAGAAGCUCAGGGAGUGCAUGGUCAAUCUGUUCGGCGAGGAACUGCAUAUGGCCGAUUUCAAGAGCGAUCCUGAAGGGGUUCGCAACGGUAUCAAUGAAUGGGUACAGAACGUUACCAAGGGCCAUAUCAAGGACCUCAUCCCCGACGGUGGGAUUACCGAGGACUCCGAUCUCGUUCUGGCGAAUGCGAUCUACUUCAAGGCACCAUGGCAGAGCCGUUUCGACCCGGCGAACUCGAAAAAGGACAUCUUCUACGCCUCGGGAUCUCGUAACAUUUUCACCACCUUCAUGAAGCAGAAGGCUGGUUUCCGACACGCUAACUCUGAGACCUUGCGAGUGCAUAUUCUGGAGCUUCCAUACUCCAGGGAGAACGUGUCGAUGUUCGUUAUGCUGCCGCCCUUCGCCCACACGAGAGCAACGGAGACCAGUGGCGAUCAGAACCAAGGUGUCGGCCAGGUUGAGGACGGAAUUUUAACCAUCGCGAAACACCUGACGCAGACGCAGCAGGACGUCGAAAAUUUCAUGGAACUCCUCGAUGACUUGUCAUCACCCAGAGAAGUGGAAGUGGCGAUUCCGCGCUUCACAGUUGACAAGGAGAUCCCAGUUGACAGUCUCCUUCAGGGUUUAGGCGCUGGAGAGGUCAUGAACCCGAGUACUUCGGACCUUCGUGGUUUCCUCCAGGAUGGAGAGCAAAGUUUGCACCUUGGCAGCGCGGUUCAUCGAGCCCGGGUCGAAGUAAGCGAAGAAGGGACCACGGCUACCGCUGCCACCGCAAUCUUCAGCUUCCGAUCCAGCAGACCGAUCGAGCCCGUAGUCUUCAAAGCCAAUCAUCCCUUCCUGUACUUUAUUUACGACAAGGGAUCUCGCAACAUACUCUUCAGCGGCAUCUUCCGUACUCCUCCAGUCGCGGUGUCAUAAUCGAGGGCAACGCCUGAGGCCUUCGUGGUCUCCGUUAAGAUAUUGUAGAUCUCCGAUUUAAGGUCUAGCAACGGUUUUUGAUAGCUGGUGGUAGAAACCCAAAGAUUUCAUUGGCAACUACGGAUUGGUUUUGGAGGUUAUUCCCAUUACGCCGCUUCGGAACUGCACAGUCUCGGAGUGUACCCUAUCACUCAUUUGACCAUGGUAAUUUAGUGGUUCGUUACCUAUUUUUUUUUUUACCUACUUCCCUUCCAAUUGGUGGCUCUAUCAGCCUUGUACGUUUAAAGGUAUUUAGAUAUUAUGUUACACACAACACCCGCAUCAAUUUACAUGUUUACAUCUAAAUACUUUUAAAGCCUGAGCAUCAGGUUCAAUGAUAGAAUGAGAGUACGUAUUUAUUUUAUACCGAGAUAUGAAGUAUAUAAAGGAUUUACCUUUGAAGUUGUAAA